AUGGGCCAUCCCAUCAACACCACCCACCCGUCCAUCGUCAUCCUCAAUCACCACGCCACCAACAACGACCAACACCACUAUCGCUGCGACCUCACUGCUGAUCUGGCCCACCUCUGCAAAUCACCAACUGAUUCAGUUCCUCAUCUGCACCCAAAGCUUACUCUCCAGCCAGCCUCCAGGGGACCUCAUCUCUUCUGCAUGCGCCUCGUCAAGCAAGGGACCCCCCUCCGGAAUCACUCCCGGCGGCCCAUGACAAUGUCUUGA